GUGAGAGCAGGUAAGCGGUCUGGGAAGAGGUGGUGCUAUUGCGCACGCGGCUCUAACCCAGAGCAAACUGUACUCAGCGUAUGCUCUCCGAACUGUUGUUAUGGAGAAAUUUCCAGUGAGAGGAGAGGACCCGGCAGUCUAUUCAACGUCUGCAGUAACAGUAAUGGUGCGCUGUCGGGGGCUCUGAAGUCUGUGCGCGCCCGUCGGGUUUUUGUUGGAGUCUUUGAGCCGUGCGCUUCAGCUUGGAUACAAGACACAGGAUCUGCUGCUGUUGCUUCGUUACCUGAAGUUUUACACUUUGCUGCUUCUUGCAUGCACUAUUUUUUUCUUUUUCUUCUUGUUCUGAAGCGCAUCUGUGGCUGUUCCACUUUGUGUUUUUGUACUGGGAGAGCGCGCGUGUCAGCCAGAUAUGUUUUCUCCAAGAAGUUUAGCAGCCCUGCAGUCGCUCUCCUAAACUCCAAUAUUUCCAUUUAUUGUUAUUAUUAUUGUUGUUGCUGUUGUUGCUAUAUUUUACUUGAACACUUCAGAAGCUUUAAACUGACAAAGGGGGAAAUGGCCAAAGUGGGGAAACCGCGGCUUUGUGUCAUGACAAAAGGGGAGAACGGGUAUGGAUUUCACUUGCAUGGCGAGAAAGGAAAGAGCGGCCAGUUCAUCCGCAAAGUGGAGGCUGGCUCCCCCGCAGAAGCGUCAGGGCUGCGUGCCGGUGACAGGCUGGUCGCAGUGAACGGAGUAAACGUGGAGAAGGAGACGCACCAUCAGGUGGUACAGAGGAUUAAGGCCAUGGACAACAAGACCAGGUUGCUGGUGGUUGACUCUGAGACCUAUGAAAGCCUACGCAGCCUGCGCCUCACAGCAACAGAGGAUAUGGCCGUCCUUAGAAUUGGAAAUCCUUCCUCCUCUUCCUCUCCACCUGUGUCUCCUUCUCCAGCACCAUCGUCAACACCAUCUUCCCCCUCCAAGAAGCGGGAGAACGGCUCUCUGUCUAAGCAGCCCGUCACAGUGAGCGACCAGGUGCAGAAGCCCACUAGGAGGUCACCGUCUAAGGCUGCAAAGAAGGAGGCCCAGGCUGAAGCUCAAACCCAGCCCGAGUCCCAGUCGAGGCCCCAGGUCAACCCAUCCGAGCUCGCUCCACGUCUCUGCCACCUGGUGCGGUCAGAGAUGGGCUACGGCUUCAACCUUCACAGUGAUCGGUCGCGGCCCGGACAGUACAUCCGCUCCCUGGACCCCGGGUCACCUGCAGACCGUGCCGGGCUCCAGCCUCAAGACAGACUCAUAGAGGUUAAUGGCGUUAACAUCGAGGGCAUGCGGCAUGCAGAGGUGGUGGCCUUCAUCAAGAAAGGGGGAGAUGAAACCUGGCUGUUGGUGGUGGAUCCAGAAACAGACGAGCACUUCAAGAGGAGGGGAUUGAUCCCCACAGUCAGCCAUGUAAAAGACUAUGACGGUCCAUCCAUAUCCAAUGGCUCCCCCAGUCCUCAGAUCAAUGGCAGCUCUACCACUCAGUCCAUCCGGUCCACGCAUUCUGACCUCAGCAGCCAGGGCAACAGCACGCAGGUGGAUCUGGCAGAUGAUGAAGGUGGCCAGCUGUCUGACCCCUUUGCCGAGAUGGGCCUGAGUCUCAGUGCUACGGCGGCAGAAGAAAAGAGGAAGGUCCGUGGUAAAGAAAAGAGGAAGGCCCCGCAGAUGGACUGGACGAAGAAGCAUGAGCUCUUCAGCAAUUUCUGAGACAUUCUGCUCUAAGGACACGACAAAGGACAGAGAUUUAUGCAGAUCCCUGAAUGGGAGACUUAUCCUCUUGAUAUACAGAUUCUCUUCUUCUUAGACAAAGAACCAAGAUAACCCUUCAAACAGAAGAUAUUUUCAUCCUGGGAUUUAAUGUGACAGAACUGUUCGAAGGAUUUUACUUCUUAAGUGACUUAAUAGUUCCUUUUCGUUCAAGUCCAGCAUAAAGGAAGUGCUAUAUGACUUUGUGACUGCAAAAAAUAUGCUCAGAAGGGAACUUUGUCCUUACAUGUACUGCUGUCCUUGGGGAAAGUGCAGUCAAAUAUUCACAAAUUUGCCUUUGUCUUUACUUGAUUAUCCCAUUCUCCCUACUCCUAGAGACUCUUUUUGACAGCUAUUUUUAUAUUUAAAAAGUAUAAGCGACUAUGAUUAAACAGUAUCCCAUUA